CCCUACCCACCACUACCAUUAACCCAGUGAUGGAGAAGAGUGCAGGUCUGGGAGGUGAAUCCCCAGCCAAGAGCAGGAGCCAGGCAGGGAAGCAGGGGUGUGGCCAGGACAGGGGCAGGGCCAAAGUCACAUACUUGACUGUGAAGUCUGGAAGGCCCCACUCCUGACAGGGCGACCUCCCCUGCGCGACGCCACACCUGGACAGAACGCAGCAUGAGGUGUCCUCCGGACGCCAGACCGGGCCACAGCCCUGCCUGGAAGGGGCUACUUCUAACAGGCAUCCUGAUCGCCUCCUGCACCUGUUCUGCCUCCUUGGAGCCGCCCGCCCCUGCAUCUCCAGACGCCCUGACCGAAGGAGCCAGCGCCCGCCUGCCUGUGUCCGGAAGCCCGAAUGAUGUUCUCUCCACUUCUUGGUUCCGAGGGUACAAUGCCCAGCAAGAGACUAUGAUCUUCUCCCCUGAGGGCUUCCCAGGGCCCAAACACACAGGCCAGGAUACGCCGGACACCCAAAGCAGCCUGAUCAUAGUAAACCAGACAGUUCAAGACGCAGUGCUGGAAACCAACAGAGGACGCAGGAGUGCAACAGAGCAGAUAGCUGACCUGGCCAGCUCCAACGGGGUGAUGCUGCUGACAUUUCCCUACGACUCUGAGGGUAUUAUCCAGAGUGACCUAAACUACUCAGUGAUCCUGGAGUGUCUGGCUUCUUCCAUCACCCCCAAACCUGUGCUGCACUGGACCUUCAAUGGGGAGCCCUACCAGACUGGGUCUAGGCUGAUCAUCCGGAGGCUGUCCUGGGAGCACCUGGGCACCUACGUGUGCACAGCCAAGAACAGCCAGGGACAGUACUCCUCCUCUCCGGUGACCCUCGCGCUGCCACAAGACAACGUGGAUCCCACAGACGCUGAGCCCAUCGAGCCAGACCCCGUCCUCUCGGUGUCAGGAGGAGGUGCCAUUGCCCUCCUCUUGGCUGGAAAUGUGGGGGCCGCGAUGCUGAUAGGAGGCAUAGGCUUCAUCAUCGUCCAAAGCAUAAGGUCUAACAGACAAAGAAUACGGUCAUGCUGCUGAAGUGGGCCUUUGUCUGUCAGCAUCAGAGGUGAUCCUGGGAAGGGCAACGAGAGCAUCCUGGGGCUGGACAAGAUGAAGUUCCUGGGGGCUCCAGAUGAGACCUCCUCCGUCCUGAUGAUUUGUCUUGGGAUGUUCCCAUCUUGCUGAGAGUCCCAGAGACUGCCUUUCUCUCCCUCACCCUAGCUGCCGGUGCCCCAUCUGCCUAGCUCAUCAAAUCCCUGGAAGCCACCUACACAAGUAGGCCAUACUUCAUAAAAGUCAUGGGCUGAAAGCAAAGGAUACUUCCUUAAGUGGUUCAAUAAAAACAAAAGGAGGAAUUUAAUAUAAGGAUCUGGGAAGAUUUCCAAAACUAAGGACCUAUCAGUUAGCACUUGCUGUGUAACAAACUACCUCUCCCCGCUCCCAACCCCCAGUUUAAUGGCUUGAAAAGACAGACAUGGGUUUAGCUUACAAUUUUUGUACAAUUUUGGGCUGCGUUCAGCUGAGCCGUUCUUCUGGUCUCUGUUGGGCCCACUCAUGCACCUGUGACGAAUUGGCAGUUUCCCAGGGACUGGCUGGGCUAGGACAAUUGUCUGGAAUAAUUCACCUGUCCUCCACAUCAUCUCUCAUUCUGUAGCAGGCCGACCCAAGCUUGUUCACAUGGCAGAGGGAGGAUUCCAGGAGUAAGAGCACAGGGGCAGUGCCUCUGAGGGCCAAGGUUGAGAAUGGCAGUCAUCAUUCCUGGGGCACCUGGGUGGCUCAGUUUGUUAAGCAUUUGCCUUUGGCUCAGGUCAUGAUCCCAGAGUCCUGGGAUCCCAGAGUCCCUUGUUGGGGCGGUCCCCUAUUCAACAGGAAGUCUGCUUCUCCCCUGACUCGUGCUCUGUCUCUCAAAUACAUAAAAUCUAAAAAAAUAAGUAAAUAAAUUAAAAAUACAUUAAAAAAUCAAAAAAGAAAACCAAGGAUGGCACAUCAUUAUUUCUGCCACAUUCUUCUGGCCAAAGCUAGCCGCGCUGCCAGUCCAGAUUUGAGGGGUGGGAAAAAGGACACCGCCUCUUGGUGAGAAGGAAAGAAUCCAUGGUUCUCUCUCUCUGCCCGUGGGUGCUCAGUGUUUCUCCAUCCAUGUGGGGAAAGACACAAUCCCAUAACUUCUGAGACCACUGAAUUCCUUCGCCUUGUCCCUAAAACCCCUGGAGAAGACAUCCGAUUGGCUCACUCAGGUCAGGUGUCAACCACGGUCCCAUUCCUGUGGCGGAGGUGGGGGCCAGGAGGAUUUGUACAAGCAGAGUUCAGAGGCUCAGCCCUGCCUGUGGGGUUUGUUGCUCAUAAAACUGGGGAGGUUUUGCCUUGUAAACUGAGCAGACACCCCAAAAUGUCUUCUACACAUGCAGUUUAUUUUUGCUCUUUUUCAAAACAAAACAAAA